AUGGUGGUGUCGUCGCUUUUGACUUCUCUGGAACCAGAUGUGGCUGACAGCGUCAUUUACUUAUCCACAGCUCACGAAAUUUGGGAUGACCUUCUCGAGCGUUUUUCUCAAAACAAUGUCCCUCAUCUCUUUCAAAUCAACCGUGAGAUUGCUUCUCUCACUCAAGGACAGCUUUCUAUUGCUGCAUAUUAG